AUGAUAGUGACAGGCCUCACGGAGAGCCUGACCUCGGUGUAUCCAGUCUCUCUGAGCAGCUUUGCUGUUGUGCUGCCAACAAAGCCCCUGCACCCCACCUCCACCGGGCGCAGCUUGAUCUUCCAGCCUCUGUCCUCUGCCUCAGCUGCCAACUUGGCAUACCGCAGCUUCUUACGCUCAAACGCCUCCUCAAUUGCUUCCUCCCAUGGUACCAUCAGCUCAAUGACCAAAGGACGAGCCUUUUGUCUUUUCUCCAGGAUCCGAAUCGUUCAUUUCAUCCUUCAUCACACGCACAUCAACACAGGAGAAAACCUGGAAGAGCUGUUAAUGAAGGACGUGUUUGAAACGAUGUUCUGUCUUCAUGAAGUCACACACUUGUUUGACAAUGAAGGCACUGUGGCUUUUGCCAUGUUCAUGGCAAUCUGGGCCACUCUGUUCUUGGAGCUGUGGAAGAGACACCGAGCGAAACAUGUUUCUAAAUGGAAGGUCUACGACUGGUGUGAGGAGGAGGAGGAACUGAUCAUGGAGCUAGUGAAUGAUCCAAACUGCAAAGCUAAACAGUUCAGACACUCCUAUCUACGGAGUACCCUGGUCCUCAUCCUGUUGAUGCUGAUUAUCGGCCUCGCUCAUGCUCUGGUGGUGUUUCGAGUUGUUGCUGCCCCCCUGAUGUCUGAGAGUGAAUGGGAGUUUUUGAAAGACAACGCCAACCUUGUGUCUGUUUUUCUUGGAGCUGUGCUGCACUACAUCACCAUUCAGAUCAUGACCCGCGUACGUAUACCUGGAUCUUCAUCACUCAGUGUUGGCAGAAUGAACAGGAAGAGCACGAUAAACGGCCAUCCAGGAAACUACGUGCGUCUCGCUGGGUUUCGACUGGAAGAGUGCCAUCCCAGCGGCUGUCUGACAGACCUCUUCAUCCAGAUGGCUGUAAUCAUGCUGCUCAAACAGACUCUCAACAACAUCGUUGAGUUCACCGUACCCUGGUGCAAAAGACUUGUGAGUGAAAAAGCUGCAAAGAAGCUGGAGAGGAAAUGCGGUUACUGCUACAGGAAGGCUUGUCGAGAGGAAAAUGGAUGUAUUGAACCAUGUGACAUUUGCAAACAUCGUGAGUGGCUGCGUAACUACCACCUGGCCAGCACUGAUGCCUUCAGCCUGUUCAACGAAUUUUUGGAAAUGGCACCCCUUCUAGCACUCAUCAACAACAUCUUUGAGAUCCGUCUGGAUGCUAUCAAAAUGGUCCGCCUGGAGCAACGGCUGGUACCCAAGAAGACGAAUGACAUCGGUGUGUGGACCAAGCUGCUGGAGGCCAUCGGCGUGCUGGCAGUGAUCGCUAACGGUCUGGUUAUUGGAAUCACGUCGGACUUUAUUCCUCGGCUUGUCUAUCGUUACCACUAUGGCCCGUGCGCUAAGGGAAAGCUCGACUACAUCGACUGCAUGGAGGGCUACAUUAAGGACACGCUGUCAACAGCGUAUAUGAAUAGUUCAAACUUCGAUGCAUUCAUAAAUCCCUGGGAAAGGCACAACUUCAGCGUCACAGAGUGCAGCUACAGAGACUACAGGAACGAGAACGACUACUCGCUGAAGUCUCAGUUCUGGAUGGUCUUGGCUGUGCGCUUUGCCUUCAUCAUCCUCUUUGAGCAUGUUUUAGUGAUGUGUAAGUUUAUAGCAGCCUGGUUCGUCCCAGAUAAUCCCACACAAGUGAAAAAUGAACGUCUGCAGGACAAACUGACUCGUCUGAAACACGAGCUACGUGAAAAGAAACUGAGCAAAUCAACAGAUGUCUGACUUCCCCACUCUGACCUCUGACCUCAGGUCUGUGCCCACUGGCACAUGUGGCCUUGGUGAAAUAUGAAAUGGAAAGAUGGAUAUGGCUGCUGCACUACAGCUGCAGCAUUCUUAGAUUCAUGUAUCAGGGUGUUAACAAACUACACAUGAGGUCUUCUGAUGUUCUGAUAUUAAAACAUAUAUUUCUGCCCUUUAGAGUUAUUGAUACCCUGGUGUUGCAGGUCUUGGUUGGACACAGUUUAACUGUUCGUCCAGCAAGAGUUCAAAGUUUGUCUUAAUUAGCCUUUGAACGUUUCAGUCAGAUAACUGGCUGUUCCUGCAAACAGGGCUGUGUGUUCAUGCAUAGAUAACAAGUGUCCCACUGCCAGCUUCUAUACACACUAAUCUGCAUAUCAGACACUGUGUGCGCUAACAUCGAGAUUAAAUGUGUAUAUUUAUUAAAGCAUUACACAAAUACUAGAUACAUUUUCCAUUAAGCAGUCCUGAGAAAAGAACUCAUUUUAAAUGUUUUACAGCCUCUAGAUAAGCUCAUCGCCUGUGACUGUGUGAUUGGCUUGCUGAAUGCGUCAUGUGAUCCUUAAGUGUUUUAUCAGGUUAAACUCUGAAUCUGACGAAUCCUACAAAUGUGAGUGGUUAGAAACAGGAAUUCAUUUUGGUUCUUAAAAUAUGCUUUUUACUGGCAGCAUUGCAAUGUUUGAAUGUUUUACUUUAAAAUGUUUUAAAAUGUAACUGUUCAUAAUUCCAGUGUCGCAGUAUAACAUGUGUAGUUAUUGAGCCAGAAUCAUCAGGGAGCUUAGCUUAAGCACCAGCGCUGCGUAAGUAAGCAGUUCUCUCCUUCAGCAGCAAUAAACUAUGAACACAUGCA